AUGUCGUACGAGGCGUCCACCGCCGGCAUCGGCGGCGGGGAGCGGCGGCGCUCCGCCUUCCACAUCGGGUACGGCGGCGUGGUUGGCGCUUCCCGGCGCCGGCUGGCGCAGCCGGAGGCCCUGGCGCGCGGCGUGAUCACGACGGGGUCGGCGCAGCUCCGCACGCUGGGGCGGUCCAUCCGCACGGGCGCAGCCAUGGCGGCGGUGUUCCAGGAGGACCUGAAGACCACGUCGAAGAAGAUCUUCGACCCGCAGGACCGGCUCCUGGUGCGUCUGAACCGGAGCUUCCUCAUCUCGUGCAUCCUGUCCAUCGCCAUCGACCCCAUGUUCUUCUACGGGCCCGUGGUGACCCUGGAUGACAACAAAAACAACAUGUGCAUCGGCAUCGAGAGGAGCCUGGCCAUCUCCACCGCCGUGCUCCGCACCGUGGUGGACCUCUUCUUCCUGGCGCGCAUCGUGCUGCAGUUCCGCACCGCCUUCAUCGCGCCCUCCUCCAGGGUGUUCGGCCGCGGCGAGCUGGUCAUCGACACCGUGGAGAUCGCCAAGCGCUACUUCCGCCGCUUCUUCGUCGCCGACGUGCUCUCCAUCCUGCCGCUGCCGCAGGUGAUCACCUGGAGGUUCCUCUUCAGCAACAGCAAGACCGCCGUGCUGGAGACCAAGGACAACCUGCUCUUCAUCAUCAUCGCGCAGUACGUGCCUCGCCUGGUCCGGAUAUACCCGCUCUCCACGGAGCUCAAGCGCACCAGCGGUGUCUUCGCCGAGACGGCCCUCGCCGGCGCCGCCUACUACCUCCUCUGGUACAUGCUCGCCAGCCAUAUCGUGGGCGCGUUCUGGUACCUGCUGUCGAUCGAGCGGGUGAGCGACUGCUGGAGGGCCAACUGCGACGAGUUCCCCGGAUGUAACACCAUCUACAUGUACUGCGGCUCCACGGAGGAGAGCAACGACGAGUUCAAGGAGUGGACCACCGUGAUCAAGCAGGUCAUCUACGAGAACUGCGAGCCCGACGGACAGAACCCCUUCGACUACGGCAUCUACUCCUCCGCCGUCACCUCCGAGGUCAUCAGGUCAAAAGACAUGACCACCAAGCUGCUCUUCUGCCUAUGGUUUGGCCUCGCAAACUUGAGUACGCUCGGCCAGGGGCUCAAGACAACCAUCUACACCGGGGAGUCGCUCUUCGCCAUAUCGCUCGCCACCUUCGGCCUCAUCCUCAUGGCCAUGCUCAUCGGAAACAUUCAGACGUAUCUCCAGUCCCUGACGGUGCGUCUGGAGGAGAUGCGGGUGAAGCGGCGCGACUCGGAGCAGUGGAUGCACCACCGCCUCCUGCCGCAGGAGCUGCGCGAGCGCGUCCGGCGCUACGACCAGUACAAGUGGGUGAACACGCGCGGCGUCGACGAGGAGGCGCUGGUCCAGAACCUGCCCAAGGACCUCCGCCGCGACAUCAAGCGGCACCUCUGCCUGGGCCUGGUCCGCCGCGUCCCGCUCUUCGACAACAUGGACGAGCGGCUGCUGGACGCCAUCUGCGAGCGGCUCAAGCCGGCGCUCUACACGGAGCGCACCUACAUCAUCCGCGAGGGGGACCCCGUGGACCAGAUGGUCUUCAUCAUCCGCGGCAGCCUCGAGAGCAUCACCACCGACGGCGGCCGGAGCGGCUUCUUCAACCGCAGCAUGCUCCAGGAGAGCGACUUCUGCGGCGAGGAGCUGCUCACCUGGGCGCUCGACCCCAAGUCCGGGGUCAGCCUGCCCUCCUCCACGCGCACCGUCAUGGCGCUCUCCGAGGUUGAGGCAUUCGCGCUCCACGCCGAGGAGCUCAAGUUCGUGGCGGGGCAGUUCCGUCGCAUGCACAGCAAGCAGGUGCAGCACACCUUCAGGUUCUACUCCCAGCAGUGGCGCACCUGGGCGGCCACCUACAUCCAGGCGGCAUGGCGGCGGCAUCUCAAGCGGAAGGCCGCCGAGCUGCGGCGCAAGGAGGAGGAAGAGGAGGGACGCUCGUCCAGCUUCAAGACCACUAUACUCGUGUCCCGCUUCGCCGCCAAGAUGCACAGGCAACGCUCCAAGCGGGAUGAGGAGGUCAUGAUCCAUGUCCCCGUGCCUAAGCCCCGUGAGCCUGACUUCGGCAUUGAUGACUGA